CCUGGGUGGCCGUCCCCUUCUGCUGCGGCUGACGGGUCCCGCUGUGAUCGAUCACAGAGGUGGUGGCGGCCUGGGGCCUCGGCAGCUUAUUCCUUCGUUGCGGCUUUGUCCUUUGGCCACCUCAGAGGAGAGCUGCAAACUCAGGAGCGCCACUUGAGAAAUUCAUCACUUGGUACUCUUAGGUUGUCGUACAGUGUGAUUUGCAGUUAAGGUGACCUGGCCUGCACCAGGGUUCGGACCACUGGCUGCCAGUUUCUCAUGGUAAACAAUUGUGCGAAAUCACCCCACUGGUGAGAUGGAGAUGGCUUCCAAAUUGAAGAGAUAAGCCGUUCUUUUAUAUUGCAUCUAAGACAUACAUCAGCUCGUUGUGUGUGCAUCAGCUUGAACAUGAGAUGCCUCAAUCAUAGUACAAGGCACAGCCUCACUCCCAAAUCAACGGAAAAACUAACUUGAAUUUGGAAUACACACAAUGCUGAUAGUGAAGCAAGCCUCACAAGCCAGUAAUGCUAAGUGGAAUAGCAUGCUGCUUCCGUCUCCUUUCAGUCCGUGACUUCCUUCUGUAGUUGACAAACACGGGCUGUUCUCAAGAACAACAGGGACAUAUUGUUCUUGCUUCCUGUAAGGUGAUGUAACUGCAAUGCUGAAUGGAUUAACACUGAAUCUGCAUUUUGUGGAAAACGACAUAAUUUAGAAAAACACAGAUUGCCAUUCAGACUGUAGCAAGAAACAAUAACCUACUGUAUCUGGCAGAUUAGCAAAUAUUAACUUUUCCCUGUAAAUGAGUCUUUAGUUUCCUCGUCAUCUUCCCACCCCUUCUACCCAUUUCUUAUCAGCAGAAGCAAAUACCAGGCAUAUCUCAUCGAAAAAGGGAACUGCUCAACACAAAAGCAAACAGACCAACUGAAGGUACUGCAGUGACUAAUUUUCUAAUUAUUCCAGAACUGAUUCUCUGUCUGCAGAGACAAUGGCAAACAAUGGCACAAGAGCAGGCUUCAUGACAACAAGUUGCUUAGUCUUAUCGACAUCCAUUUUAACAGGACAGAGCUAUUGAUAUGACAUAUAAACAUUACAUAUGUAGAAUACUAAUUUUCCUUUUUUUUCUCCUGUAAUAUUUACUAGAACCCCCUAAGAAUUAAAAAAUUGAGUAAGCCAAUUUCACAGCAUUUCUGUUUAAAAACACACUACAGAUGCAUCAACAUCAUUUCCUUCUCCAACCCCUUUUGAAUUCCUUAGAGAUUCACUCUUGGCCUGCAAAUCAUAUGAAAUAUUGGAAUGUUCUCCCUUCAUACCACGUACUAUUUCAAGUGUCAAAGGAUUUUUCCCUCUCCCUCGACUCAGGAGGCCUACCGUACAAAGUGAGCUCAGCUUUUGCCUACGUGCUAGUUAACUCAACUUCUUCCCUUUUUUCUGUAGAAGGGAUAUUUUCUCUAAUUAUCAAGGGUUUCCAAUUGUUCUUGACACGAAGCUCCCAGGCGCCCUCGGUCCUCUCCAAUGGUUGUCACCUCACAGGGCGCCCCGGGAAGCCGAAAAGCCCCGUGGGGACGUGGCGUGGCUCACCCGCCCCGAGAGCUCCCACUCGGGACGCGGCGCACGCUAUGCGGGGUGGAGCGGGGAGAGGUAUUUCUGCCCGGAGGCGGGGCCGGAGGGAGGUGUCCGGCGAGGGGCCGCCUCAGCCCGCGCCUCCAGUGGCUUCGCAGCUGUCGCUCGGCAAAAGCCGGGGCGCCCAAGAGCGAUCGCACAAGUGGUUCCUGCCCGCGGUCGAGUAAUUUCGCCCCGGGGAGCCGAACGGCCGGAGGAAGAACGAGGUCCUGGGGGCGGCGAGGGAAGGAGGCCGGGCUGCGGGGGUCGGCUCGCCGGGCAGCCCUUGCAGGUGCGGAGGAGUCGGGAGCGGCGCGUCAUGGUGCCGGCGGCAGACACCGAGGGAGGCUGAGCUCGUCUCCCCGCCUCCGGCAGCCCUCGUUAGCGCCCGAGGGGAGCCUCCCGCUUCAGCCCGGCCGCCUCUCCCUCCCUAGCAGCUCGGCGGGACCGUUCCGGGGCGGGCGGCACAGCAUGGCAUCCGCCUAACCCUGGCCAGCGCUGCAGAGCCCGGGACGCGCCGCGGCGGCGGCUCCUCCGCCGGGAUGAGUGACAGCAGCGAGGGGGUCAUCAGCUUGCCGGUGCCCAGCCCCACCGGCGAGGAACCGCUGGGCCGGCGGGCGCAGGGAACCGACACUGGCGCCCGCAGCCUCCUGCCCGACUGGACUGAGGACGGCAACGCCGGGCCAGGCAUCGCGGCGCGGGCUAAGGGUGUCGGCCGGCGGACCGCCGUCACCUACGUGAUCAACGAGGCGAGCCAGGGGCCGCUGCUGGCGGCGGAGAGCGGCGCCCUGCAGAGCCUGCGGGAGGCGUGCGAGGCGGUGGGCGCCGCGCUGGAGACCCUGCACUUCGGCAAGCUCGACUUCGGCGAGACGGCCGUGCUGGACCGCUUCUACAACGCAGAUAUUGCUGUCGUAGAGAUGAGUGAUGCCUUCCGUCAGCCUUCCCUGUUCUACCACCUGGGAGUCAGGGAGAGCUUCAGCAUGGCUAACAACAUUAUCCUCUACUGUGAUACAAAUGCAGAGUCCCUGCAGUCACUGAAGGAAAUUAUUUGCCAGAAGAAUAAUAUGUGCACUGGUAACUACAUAUUUGUUCCUUAUAUGGUAACUCCACAUAACAAGGUGUACUGCUGUGAUAGCAGUUUUAUGAAAGGACUAACAGAAUUGAUGCAGCCCAGCCUUGAGUCGCUGCUUGGGCCUAUAUGCUUACCUCUGGUGGAUCGAUUUAUUCAGCUCCUGAAGGUGGCACAGGCCAGUUCAAGCCAGUAUUUCAGGGAAUCCAUUCUGAAUGACAUCAGGAAGGCCCGUACCCUCUACACAGGCAAAGAACUUGCAGCAGAGCUGGCAAGGAUUCGACAGCGAGUGGAUAAUGUUGAAGUCUUGUCUGCUGACAUUGUAAUAAACUUGCUGCUGUCCUACAGAGACAUCCAGGAUUAUGAUUCCAUCGUGAAACUGGUGAAAACUUUAGAAAAACUACCUACUUUUGACUUGGCUUCCCACCACCACGUGAGGCUCCAUUAUGCGUUUGCACUGAGCAGGCGAAAUCUGCCUGGAGAUAGACAGAAAGCUCUAGAAAUUAUGAUUCCCCUGGUAGAACAGGAAGACCAAGUAGCUUCAGAUAUGUACUGCCUAGUUGGCCGAAUUUACAAGGACAUGUUUUUGGAAUCUGGUUUCAUAGAUAUAGAAAGCAGGGACAAAGCGACAUUCUGGUUCAAGAAGGCGUUUGAGUCAGAGCCAACGUUACAGUCAGGAAUUAAUUAUGCAGUACUCCUCCUGGCAGCUGGACAUUGCUUUGAUGCUUCUUUUGAGCUGCGGAAAGUUGGAGUAAAGAUCAGCAGCCUGCUUGGUAAAACGGGGAGUUUGGAGAAACUGCAGAGCUAUUGGGAAGCGGGAUCUUACUUGGGGGCCAGUGUGUUGGCUAAUGACCAUGUAAGAGUGAUCCAGGCUUCAGAAAAGCUGUUUAAGCUAAAGGCACCAGCAUGGUACCUGAAGUCUAUUGUAGAGACUAUUUUGAUAUAUCAGCAUUUUAAGAAACUGACUCCAGAACAGCAUAUGGCCAAACAGGAACUUGUGGACUUCUGGAUGGACUUCCUUGUUGAAGCCACAAAGACAGAUGUGUCUGUAGUUCGAUUUCCAGUUUUAAUAUUAGAACCAACAAAAAUCUAUCAGCCCUCAUAUCUCUCCAUCAACAGUGAAGCUGAAGAGAAGACCGUAUCUAUCUGGCAUGUGCUGCCUGAUGACAAGAAAGGUAUCCACGAGUGGAACUUCAGUGCUGCUUCUAUCAGGGGAGUAAGCAUUUCGAAGUUUGAAGAACGAUGCUGUUUCCUAUAUGUGCUGCACAACUCGGAUGACUUUCAAAUCUAUUUCUGCACAGAACUUCAUUGCAGAAGGUUUUUUGACAUGGUGAACAGUAUCACUGAGGAAAUAGGGAAGACUACAGAGGAAGGGGAAUGUGACGGAGACUCUCUAGAGUAUGAUUAUGAAUAUGAUGAAAAUGGUGAGCGAGUCAUUCUGGGCAAAGGAACUUACGGCAUUGUAUAUGCAGGACGAGAUUUGAGCAAUCAAGUCAGAAUUGCUAUUAAAGAAAUCCCAGAGAGAGACAGCAGGUACUCCCAACCUCUGCAUGAAGAAAUAGCUUUGCAUAAGCAUCUCAAACAUAAGAACAUUGUCCAGUAUUUAGGUUCUGUUAGUGAGAAUGGGUUCAUUAAGAUAUUCAUGGAACAGGUGCCAGGUGGCAGCCUUUCUGCUCUUCUACGAUCAAAAUGGGGACCGUUAAAAAACAAUGAGCAGACAAUUGGCUUUUACACCAAGCAGAUUCUUGAAGGAUUAAAAUACCUCCAUGAUAAUCAAAUAGUGCAUCGAGACAUAAAGGGUGAUAACGUGCUUAUCAACACGUACAGUGGAGUGUUAAAGAUUUCGGACUUUGGAACUUCAAAGAGACUUGCGGGAAUCAAUCCAUGUACUGAAACUUUCACUGGUACCCUUCAGUAUAUGGCACCAGAGAUUAUAGAUAAAGGGCCACGUGGCUAUGGGAAGGCUGCAGACAUCUGGUCAUUGGGAUGCACAAUCAUUGAGAUGGCCACAGGGAAGCCCCCAUUUUAUGAACUGGGAGAACCACAAGCAGCUAUGUUUAAGGUGGGAAUGUUUAAAAUACACCCAGAGAUCCCUGAAUCCAUGUCUGCAGAAGCCAAGGCUUUCAUAUUGCGUUGUUUUGAACCAGAUCCUGAUAAACGAGCUUUUGCUCAUGAGCUACUUAUAGAUGAAUUCUUGAAGGUUUCAAGUAAAAAAAGAAAGUCCCCAUCAAAGCUCUCAGUUCUUUCAGCUAACACAAAUGAGUAUCUUCGGAGUAUAUCCUUACCUGUCCCUGUUCUGGUGGAAGAUACAAGUAGCAGCAGUGAAUAUGGUUCUGUCUCACCUGAUACAGAAUUAAAAAUCGAUCCAUUCUCUUUCAAAACAAGAGCCAAAUCCUGUGGAGAAAAAGAUGGGAAGGGAAUUCGGUCGCUUUUUCUGAGCAUCCCAGAUGAAAAUUUUGAGGAUCACAGUGCACCUCCUUCACCUGAAGAGAAAGAUUCUGGGUUUUUCAUGCUGAAGAAGGAUAGUGAACGGAGAGCCACCCUUCACAGGAUAUUAACUGAGGACCAAGAGGAGGUGGUGAGGAACUUGAUGGAAGCUUUGGCUCAGGGAGCCGAAGAACCCAAACUAAAAUGGGAACAUAUCACAACACUCGUUUCCAGCCUCAGAGAGUUUGUACGGUCCACUGAUCGUAAAAUCAUCGCAACCACUCUUUCAAAACUGAAACUGGAGUUAGACUUCGACAGUCAUGGUAUCAGUCAAGUGCAGCUUGUGCUCUUUGGUUUUCAAGAUGCUGUCAAUAAAGUUCUCCGAAAUCAUAAUAUCAAGCCACAUUGGAUGUUUGCAUUGGACAGCAUAAUCAGAAAAGCUGUGCAGACUGCUAUAACUAUUCUAGUCCCAGAACUGAGGCCACAUUUUAGUCUUGCAUCUGAAAGUGAUACAGCAGAUCAAGAUGAUGUAGAAGUUGAAGAUCAAGAUGAGCAGCCUCAGAAUCAAAACAUCCAACAGCCUUGCAUUGUCAUGGAAGAUGCAGUAGCUACCUCAGGUGUAAGCACACUCAGCUCUACUGUUUCCCAUGACUCCCAGGCUGCUCACAGAUCACUGAGUGUCCAGCUGGGCAGGCUAAAAUUAGAGACAAACAGGUUAUUGGAGGAGUUGGUUCAAAAAGAGAGAGAAUUUCAAGUCCUCUUACAUCAAGCUAUAGAAGAAAAAGAUCAAGAGAUUAGAAACCUGCGGCUUAGGUCACAGCCAAUAGAUAUUCCUGGAUUGUCUCUCUGUCAUCGUCAUUCCACUGGCACAAGGACCGAAGACCCUGAUCUCAUAAGCUGGCUGACUGUUCAAGGAGCUGAUGAGGCCACGAUAAACAAGUUCUUGGCUGAAGACUACACAUUAAUGGAUGUUCUCUGCUAUGUUACACGAGAUGAUCUGAAAUGUUUGAGACUGAGAGGAGGAAUGCUAUGCACGCUCUGGAAGGCCAUCACAGACUUCCGAGGGAAACACGCCUGACACUGAAAUUGUUCUUCGCUUCUCUGCAGAGAGGAAAAGAUUUCCUUUCAGCAAAGGGCAGGUGUGCUGUCAGAAGGACUGUUGCACUUUAAUCCAGUAUUUGUUUACCAAUGUUAAAAACACUGCAGCUUCCUGACUGCUUUUACUCCUAUAAUCCAUAAGUAACCUGUAAACAACCUGCAACAUUAUUUUACUUCAAAUGUUUUUACAUGCAAGUUUUUCAAAAAGUAAAAAAAAAAUAAUAAAAAAAUCCCAAACAACAUCCACCCCACCAUAAUAAACUCAUGAAAUAUUGUAGUUAAAGUAACCAGAUGUUAAUUUCAUGAAAAACUGAUCUAAGAUUUCAUGUGACUGUACAUCACUGGAACAAAACCAAAAUGUGACAACAACUUUUCAAGUUUCUCUUUCUUUGUAAUAUAUCUCUAUAAUCUGUAGUAGAACUUCAUAAUUUCAAUCAUAAUUAGAAAUUUUUCUUUUAGUGUGCAAGACCUAAAGGUAAUUGUUUUUACCUCCUCCCCUACAUAGUUUAAUAUUGUUUAUUUUUGGUAAUUUAAGUUCUAUGGUGCAUUUGUUUUAGAGCUGUUUAUGUACUACUGAACUGUACCAGUUGCAUACACCUGAACCACAGUAAUGUUAGCUUGUUCUAAAGCUAUCUCUGACAUACACGGUUGAAAAUAAAAAGAACUUAAGACUUA